AAAUUUUCCAAUAUAUAUGUGUUUAUAUAUCUAUAUAUAUAUAUUAGAAUCGUGUUAUUUCACAUAUACAACUCCAAAAAUUAAUGGAUACAGAGAAGGCAAUUAAUCUCCGUUUCAUUAUUUAUGUGAUGGUCAUUGUGCUUAUUUAUGUUGGCCAUCAUCAUGCAGUGAGAGGCAGGGAAAUUCAUUUGCAGAAGAAUGAUACCUCAUUAGAUCAAAACGCCAAGAACAAAUCUCGUGUGGUCGAACCUCCAUUAAUACCACCAUUCUUUUCUCCACCACCAUUUGUGGAGUCGCCAUCGCCACCGGAAUAUCCUCCUCCCAUUUGCCAUCGUCCUACUUGUCGUACCGCUUCUUCUAUACAUGCUGAUCACACCAAAGACACCAACACAAAGCAAAACAAGCAUAGUUAAAGUAAAACGUGAUGGUUGCAACUUGUAAACCACCAUGUGAUCUCAUUUUUUGUAUUUAAGUUACUCGUUGUGUGUAUUUAAUUUACUGUUAACAUUUUCUAUUUUACCUUGAUUAUUAAAGCAAUUACCUGUAGAUAGUAAACUUGGUGUAAAAAAAAAAAAAGAUGUAUACGUCUUCGUUCAUGCAUUAUUCCUGAAAUGUUUGUGGUUGUUUAAAUAAUAUUCAUUUGACUACGUUGUUG